CGGCGGGCAUUUUCAGUGCAGUCUUCGGUGGGGGAGUUGCCCGAUGUCACCUCUUGGCUGCUCAUCCGUGCUAUCGUCAAAGAAUAUUCGUCGCCGCGUGACUUCACUUCAACAGAUACGGCCGGAUGGAUGCGGAUGCCGUUUCUUCUCGCUGAGCGGAAGGCGAACGAGGUAGAAGGUCGCCUACGCCAAAUUCUAGAACCUCCGGCAUACAACACUGGAAGUCCCGAGUCGGAGUUGGCUAACUCCGGCACAGCCUACUACGAACAUGCGGCAAUCACGCGGUUUGUUGGCAUGUAUUGGCCGGAGUUCAAAAAUCGAAUUGCAGCAUCUGGUUUGAUGAGUGUGUCCUGGGAGCGCGUCGGAAAGUAUGCGGCGACCAACACUAAAACCUCUGCCCGCAAUAUCAAGAAGAAAGUCGAGGAGUCCAGCUGCUGGUAUCGCGCUUCGGUGGAUGCUGUACAGCUCGGGUCUUCAACAACAAUCGAUAUCAAUGUGAUUUCGGGAGAACUGCUUUUCAACGGAGCUCCAAUUCGAAGUUUGCCGC